AUGGUUACACCUCAGUUUGUGCAACAGAACUCUUCUCUCGCCUCAGGUUUUUGGGAUUCUUUUGCCCUAUACUUUUCCCUAAUUUCUCUUGAUGUGGUGGUGGAGGGAAUGAUGAAGAGAACAAUAUUACAAAGAUGCAUACAAAAUAAGUCGCUCGAAAUAGCACGUAUUUCUCGGAGUGAUAUUAAUAGUCGAGCUCAUUUGCCUUUUAACUUCGAUGUAUGUUACGAGCUGGGCUCACGUGAGUUUACAUUAUUCUCAAGUGUGGGUAGCACAUCAGUUUUGGUCUUUUGUAACGUUUCUAGUCGGCGGCUGCGUUCGGUGAAGGGAGGACAGGGUGAGACUGAAUUCCCUCCGAAAAGGUUAAAUGUGAAGAGGCGUCGGCAAAGCGGUAGCGCGGAUCGCUCUCCUGUGGUAUUUUCUGCAUUUGUGUCGAUGCCCACGUCAGGACUCACAAUUGAAGCAUUGUGUUGUAGCUCACUUGGGCUUCUGGUUGUUGAUGGCGUCUCAUUUCACCAGGGGCCGCUGACGGAAUCAAUGAUACCUCAAGACGCACAUCCGGGCCCCGAAGGUCAUUAUCAAGGACCGCUGCUGAAUCAGAGGUCGUUGGCGGAGAUGGUAGUCAACACUCGAGGCUGCAUAACUUCUGUUGAUCCUUUUCGGCAACAAGAAUCAUUUUUUGAUGGGCAUGUGAAUCCAUGGAAUGCGCGCUCCUUGAGGUUUGGUCACGUGCCUGUACACACCGCAAAGCCGGGGUUUUCGGACGCUCUUUGCCACUUUCUUGAGGUGUUUGGGGUUAAUGAUGAGCUAGCCUUCUUUGUAGAGGACUUUGCACACUUGGUACAUAGGGAAGAGGAAACAGCUUGGACUAACGUCCUGAAAACUAUGAUGGGAGGCAGGUGA